CGUACCUUCGAAGGAGAGUAGCGGAUUCACCCGAGGAUUGCCGAUUGGCUUUUUUUCGUCAGUAAGUUUUACGUUUAAAACUAAUAAUGAUCCGAGAUCUUCUUUUCUUUUUUUCUGUUGUGCUAAAUCAAGCAGUAAUAAACGGAAUUGAAUCCCAAUGUAUAAUGUUGAGUGAAAUAAAUUUUAGUGAUUGUUAUCAGGACUUGUCAAAGGAAUAUUACUGUUCAUUAACACAAGAACAACAAAUUUGGUUGCAGUAUCUUUGGAAAGCAGCCCUUCAAGAUCGUUCAAAACCGAUUCGAAAACGGCGCGAAAUACGCACAUGGAGUCUAAAAGAGCUUUCGACUUUUUUCAGGGCUCUUAAUGAAUUGAAAAAUGACACGACAGUUAAACCAAAUAAAUAUGACACCUUGGCAUUGGUUCACAGUAAUCGUACAUUAUGUUCAGCCCAUCGUGGUUCAAAUUUCCUCGGGUGGCAUCGAGUCUACCUUCUUUUAUUUGAGACCGCAAUUCGACAACAAGAUAACUCUGUAACAUUACCUUAUUGGGAUUCUGUACUCGAUAAUCAAAAUAUUACUGACCCAAGGCACACUGUUAUUUUUACCGAUCAAUUUCUAGGAAACGGCGAUGGAAUUGUUAAUUCUGGUCCAUUUAAACACUGGCGAGAUAUAAACAAUUGUCCAUUACAACGUCAAGUAAGUCGAAUUAACCAUACCAAACUGCCAUCCCCUGAUAUCAUUAAUAUAAUUGAAAAUGACAUCAAAGUACGUUAUGUUGCAGAUGUUAUAGAUCAUUUAGGGAAAGCGGAGCAAAAAUUAACAAUAGAAGGCCAACAUAACCUUCCUCACGAAUGGAUCGGAGGGACGAUGGACAUUUUAAACAGUUCAGCCAGAGACCCGGCAUUUAUUUUACACCAUGCUUUCAUAGACUACGUAUGGGAAAAAUUUAGACAAAAGCAAGAAAGACUUGGAGAGAACCCGGAAUUUUAUCCACCUUUAGGGAAAACUUCCGAAACUGACAAAUACAACCUGACAGCCUUCCACACUGCCAACCGCAUCAUGGAUUGUUUUCCUUGGAUGGAGAACAAAGAUGGCUAUCGGAGUAACUAUGUCGGAAUCUUGUAUGAAUAUGAAGAAUCGCCAAAAUGUCCAAACUGCGGCAAGUCAAAAUAUCUCAUCUGCAGCCAUGAACUUAAAAGAUGCAUUGGUAUUGUUCCGACGGAUUCUGUAGAUGGAGGUUUACCCACAUGGGCCUUGAUCAUAAUCAUCUUCGUUAUUGUCGUCGUGGUUGGUGUCGUGUUGGUUUGUGUUUUUAAGUUUCAUUCCAAAAUAGGAUAUACAAGAUUGUAAUGUGGUAUGUUACAUUGUAUUUUUUAUUUUAUUUAAUAAAUUGAUUACACAGUUAA